AUGGCUAUUGGUUGCGUUUUGUUGGGCACAUAUGCGGUGGUCUUUGUAUUUUGGAUCUCUCAGUCCAUGAAUGUGAACCUUCCAUUGACAUAUACUGGCUAUGUCCUGUCCCUGGUUCCUGCUUAUUUUGCAUUUCAUGUUCUACGAACCAGCACGCGAGAAAAGCUGAAGCUCAUCACAGACCUUAAAGCCUUUGAUUUGGAAGGCGCUGAUUGCAGGAGUGACUAUGAUCGAGAUUUCAUUUUUGCAGGCAUCACUGCCUGGUAUGGCAGCAAGACAGCUUUCGCGGACUACGUGAGAGGGCCUCUCUUUGAUGAGCUGGUCAGGCCCUUGUCGAAGAACCAAGUGCCAAACGUCUAUUGGUGUUUGUUGUUGACACCAACCAUUGGGUCUGGCCUGGAAUUCCUCUUGGCCAUUUGGAAGGGUGGUGGUCCCAGCGCCGUGCUCCUUUCACAUUUUAUCGGCGUUGUCGUUGGAAUGCAGACACUGUGGAUGCUUGUGAGUCUUAAGCUGGGCUUUUACCUUUGUGAUCGCUUUGCGAGCCUGGGCCGCGUAGACUUCACCAAGACUUUGAUGAUCUUCUUGGUCUUCACCGUCUGUACCGCUUUGGCGACGCAAGCUUACGUUGAAAGCCAGUAUUUGGCGAUGGCUUUCGCGUGUGGUGCGCAGAAAGAGUUGCAUAUGUUCAUGUGCAGCGGCUGUGGCUACACCUUAUUCCCAGCGAGGGGGCGCGAGGGCGCCUUUUUUAACGAGAAGUUCAAAUGCCCAAUGUGUGGCGCCAGCAAGGACGAGUUUGUCGACAUGAAUGACGACGAUGAUGAUGGAAGCCAAGCAGAAGCUGCCGCCGCCGCACGCAAGGGCGAGACCUCCUGA